CGGACAUCUUGGGCCAUAUCUGUGAGGACCCCCAGACAGAACACCUAGCUGCUAGCUUGCUCAAUGUCCUGCACCAAACACUUUUGAGGACAAGUACAACUUAUGUGACUAGUUUUUUUUUUUUUUUUAGCUGACAAAAUAUGACAUAUUAUGUCAAUAUGCUGCCCUGUAAUCAAGUAUUUCCACGUCCACGUAGUUUAUCUUAGCUCAUUUUGGGGGGAGUGUGGAGGCAGGCAAUGAAACGAAUGAGUUGCUACUUAGCUAAAACUGUUAACUGCUGCUGGUUAACUGACAUUUGCUCGUUAGCCAGCCUCACCUGCUUCGAAUGGAACGGGAAGCAAACACUUUUGAGGCAAAGUUUGUUGGGGCAAGCCGUUGCCAUUCAAACGUCUCGUUAAAUCCGCGCUGCCCUGUUAAGACAAGUUAGCUGGCGAAGGUAAUAAAUGGUUGGUCUGGAGGACAGGUGCUUAGGAUUGAUAAGAGACACGAACGUCCGGUCGGAGUGCAAGUCAACAGAACUUUCAAAACCUUUCGCCCCCCCAUACACACAUACAAGCUAGCUUGACAUUUAAAUGUGCAACGUUUCUAGCGGAUUUGUCAAAGCGUCGCGUCGUGUCAGCGUCUCUUAAAGCUUACCGUCCGGGAGUCUCCUUUCCUCGGCGUCCUUCUUCUUGUCGCUUCCUCUUGUUUCCCCGGAGCUCCAACAUCUGCUCCGGCCGGGCCUGCUAACGUGUCUUUUGUCCUGCCCCGAGUAAAACAUCCCAAAAUUACCGAGCAGGCUCACAUUUCAUUGCGGUGCAUCGCCGCACGAACGCCCAGGACAACAUCUGGGGGCGCGGCCACGGUCCAAUACUGUUCGCAAGAGCACUCGCCGGGCCCACAAUGGACCGGAUAAGCCCCCUCGAACUGGACCGAGGGCGUAAAGUCGCCCGAAUAGAGACAGGGGUUGUUUAUAUGAAGUUAGAUAAUCUCAAGGAAGUGAAUUACUCAAAGGGAGGGUGCAAACGUGCAGAUACAAGGAGGGGUGGAAAGAGGAAGGACACUUCCAAAAAGAGAGUAUUCCAAAAAAAGAGAGUACAAGUUGGGAAAUUAACGGAAAGGAAGAUGAAAUAGAAAGAGUAGAUAGAAUGCGAAGAGCAGAACGAGCAACGCGUUUCCUUCACUGGGGUUGUCUUGAAGAUGCUGGAAUAAAAUACCACUGAUAAGACAGCAAGGAAGGAAGGAAGGAAGGAAAGAAGGUGUGUACAUAUUUGACUAAUAACCGUGGUUAUUAGUACAUGACUUCUGCUGAUUGUGCACCAAUCUUACAAGACGGUCGACGUGAGGCCUGUUUGUGUGGCUUAAGACUGAAUUUGGAGACCGGUUUCAGAGAGGGUCCGCAGGCCUUUGGCCAUGCAGGCCAUCUGCAGGACCCCCGCCGGGACUGCCGUUCGCCCGAUGACCUCCUUCCUGCCGGUGGUCGUCGGCCCCCCGCCUCCGGCGGCGGCGGCGGUGCCCCCGGCUCCCCCGGCCGCCGCACGCGUCCCGAGCCACCGCUGGACGGCCAAGCCGCGAACCGGCCCGCAGAUUCAGAACGUCACAUCAUCUGUUAAGCUGGGUUGUGAUCUGGACCUGGAGUUCAUUGCUCGCAAUUCCUGGAACGUGCAACAUCUAUCAACGGUCUUCAAGUCGCUCGUCAUGAAGAUCAGGAAGCCCCAGACCACCGCGAGGAUCUUCCAGUCGGGAAUCCUUUUCUGCACAGGAGCCAAGAGCGAAGAGGAGUCCAGGGUCGCCGCCAGGAAGUUUGCCUUCAAAGUCCUCAAGCUGGGCUACCCGGUCCGCUUUCUGGACUUCAAGGUUCUCAACAUAGGAGGCACUUGCAAAACCUUCCCAAUCAACCUGGAGGAUCUGUUCCUGGCCCACCAAGACCACUGCAGUUACGAACCGGAGCUGUUUCCUGCGCUGCAGUACAACUUUCGACCUGGCAUGACGGCAUCCGUCUUUUCCUCAGGGUCCAUCUCGUUGGUUGGUAAGUGGGGGUUGUGCGCCCACACUAAAACACACAAAAGAUGUUUUUGGAGGUUCUUGCAUCCGGCGCAGCAAAUCGAAACAUAGCGUUUGUCCGAGCCAGCUUUAUUCCCGAGCGUUGAACUGCUGCUAUGUUGUUGUGACACUGGAAUGAACGUGAAAUGUUGGUGUGUUGAAU